UCUUUGGCAGCUCGACGUUGAGGGUCCGUCCGGAUUUCACGCGCCGCGCUUCAAGCUCUGAUCCGAGAAGAAGCUGCAGAAACACCGCGUCCCGCCUCCAGUGGACCGGGUUAGUGAGAGUCUGUCCCGGGUUAGUGAGAACGUGUCCCGGCUUAGUGAGAACUUGUCCCUGGUUAGUGAGAGCUUGUCCCGGGUUAGUGGGAACUUGUCCCGGGUUUAGGUCGCAGCCUCGUGGUUCUCCUCCUUCGCAGACACGAUGGUUCUCCUGAAGAACCUCCAGCCGCCCACCGGGGGCGUCCGGCUGCAACAGGCCGACACCGCGGCGGUUCUGGACGGGCAGCGGCUCGGCUGCGGGACGCUCUACGUCACUGAAGCGCGUCUGUCCUGGUUCGACGGCUCGGGGAUGGGUUUCUCUCUGGAGUAUCCCACCAUCGGCCUGCACGCCAUCUCCAGAGACGUCAGCACUUUCCCUCAGGAACAUCUCUACGUCAUGGUCAAUGGCAAACUCAGCGGUGAGAAUGAGGCUGAAAUGGCAGAGAAACCAGCUGAGGAAGACGAAGUAGAAGAAGAAAAUGGCGGCGGCAGCAGCAGUGGUGAUGACGGCGAAGAAGGACCAAUCACAGAGAUCCGAUUUGUUCCCGGCGACAAGGCGGCAUUGGAGCCCAUGUUCUCUGCGAUGUGCGAGUGCCAGGCGCUGCACCCCGACCCCGAAGACGACGACUCCGACAACGACUUCGAAGGAGAAGAGUACGACGUGGAGGAGGCUGAGGCAGAGCACGGCCACGCCGACAUCCCGACCUUCUACACCUGUGACGAGGGUCUGUCAUCGCUCACGCAGGAGGGCCAGGCCACGCUGCAGCGGCUGGAGGGAAUGUUGGCCCAGAGCGUUUCUCAGCAGUACCACAUGGCCGGAGUCCGGACUGAGGAGAGCAAAGCUGAAUUUGAAGAUGGUAUGGAGGUGGAUGCAGCAGCGCUGGAGCCCGGUCAGUUUGAGGACGCAGACGUGGAGCACUGAUGGAGGUCGUCUCAGCAGCCAAUCAAAGCACUGGAGUUGCAUCAUGGGAUUGGCGAGGAGGACAGUGACCCGCUCUUUCAGCUCUGUCAGCUCUUACUUCUACUUUCUCCCCAUUUUCGACUCUGAACUUAUUUUUCCCACUUGAAGACAUCCCAGUAGUUUUUUGUAAGUUUGUCUUCGUGUCGUUCUGCACUUCUGUGAAACAGCCUCAAACUCUCACAUCCUGUUGUUUCCUGUUAAACAACCAGUUUGUGUUGGUUUUGUCCCUAAAGACAAAAUGUCGUAUCGUAUUUUCCUGCUCAGGAAAGUUCAUGUCUUUGUAUCAAAUGUCAAUAAAUGAUUAGAUUUUG